UGUCUGGUCGCCUUGGUAACCGGACGUGGCUUCAUUCUUUUCUUUCGGUACAGGCCGGGGACCUUAGGGCACCAUGUUGUCGGUUCUGGACGCCCUGUGGGAGGACCGGGAUGUGCGGUUUGAUAUAUCGCCCCAACAAAUGAAAAUGAGACCAGGCGAGGUUCUUAUAGACUGCUUAGACUCUAUUGAAGACACCAAGGGAAACAACGGGGACAGAGGGAGGCUUUUAGUAACCAAUCUGAGAAUCAUUUGGCAUUCGAUCGCAUUGCCCAGAGUUAACCUUGCGGUCGGCUACAAUUGCAUUCUAAACAUUACGACGAGAACAGCCAACUCAAAAUUGCGUGGCCAGACAGAAGCGCUCUACAUACUGACCAAAUGCAACAACACUCGCUUCGAGUUUAUUUUUACCAAUGUGGUCCCCGGGAGCCCGAGGUUGUUCACUUCGGUUAUUGCUGUACACAGAGCUUAUGAAACAUCUAAGAUGUAUCGAGAUCUCAAACUAAGAGGGGCACUGAUCCAAAAUAAGCAACUAAGACUCCUUCCCCGGGAACAAGUUUAUGACAAAAUCAAUGGAGUAUGGAACUUAUCCAGUGACCAGGGUAACUUAGGCACGUUCUUUAUAACUAAUGUCAGGAUAGUUUGGCAUGCCAACAUGAAUGACAGUUUUAAUGUCAGCAUACCGUACCUUCAGAUCCGUUCCAUAAAGAUACGCGACUCCAAGUUUGGCUUAGCUCUUGUGAUUGAAAGCUCCCAGCAGAGCGGUGGCUAUGUGCUAGGCUUUAAAAUUGACCCGGUAGAGAAGCUCCAGGAUUCUGUGAAAGAGAUUAAUUCACUGCACAGAGUCUACUCUGCAAGCCCCAUAUUUGGAGUAGAAUAUGAGAUGGAAGAAAAGCCCCAGGCUCUGGAGGAGCUGACGGUUGAACAGGUUCAGGAUGAUGUGGAGAUAGAAGCUGAUGAGCACACAGAUGCAUUUGUGGCUUAUUUUGCAGAUGGGAACAAGCAACAAGAUCGUGAACCAGUCUUUUCUGAGGAGCUUGGCCUCGCCAUUGAGAAGCUAAAGGACGGUUUCACUCUUCAAGGAUUAUGGGAUGUCAUGAAUUAACCUUUUUCACAUCUUAUGAAGAUAUGAGGAGAUCAUGUAGCUUACAUUAUAAUACAUUUUUUACAAGUAACUGUCAUUAUUGAAUGGUUUACAUACACUGAGGAACAGAAGUAUUUGAACACCCUGCGA